GUCGGUUGGGGUAAACGGAAACAUGGGGUAAAUGGAAACGGCAGUUAUUUCUGCCGUUAAAAUUAUAAUUUAAAUUCAAGAAACAUAGUAGCCAUACAUUUUGAAUUUUCGUGCAACCGGUGCAUUAUACCUCGGGUUCCUUUCUUUCUGUUUUUAGUUGAAAUUUCUGUUUCAAAGUCAAUGUGUCUCAAAAAAGUGUAAGUCAAUUUAUUAAGUCUUUAAUUUUUUUUGUUUUAUAGUGUGUUUAAAUAAAUAGGUGAGUAAUAUUGUAUUUUUUUCAAGUGUAGUGUAUAGCAAUAAUGUAAUCUGUUUAAACAGUUUCUCGUAAUAAGUAGUUAGGUUCUCAUAUUUAAAGUGUUUUCAUUUACCCCAGUAGAAUUAACGUCGGGGGUAAAUGAAAACAUGAAUUUGGGGUAAAUGAGAACAGGUUUUAUAAUGAAAUUUUAUUUUAAUUAUUCGAUACAGUGUAAAGAAAUGCCCCGCACAUAUGAAAAAAAGAGAUCACCUGCCCAAUACGACAUUACUGAUCUUAAAAAGGCAGUUUUUGACGUUGUCAACAAAAAAAUGACAUUCCGGCAGGCUGAGGAAUAUUAUCAUAUUCCAAAAACUGUUAUUUUCAACAGAAUAAAAGGCCGAAAAACACCCGUCAUGAUAAUGGGAUCUGGGAGAACACCUGCCAUUCCUAAAGAAAUUGAGGAUGAAAUAGUUCGGUGUCUUAUAACACGCUCAGAAAUGGGCAUUCCUUGUGAUAAAAAAGAAAUGCGGGAAUUAGUCGGGGAAUAUAUUAAAGCGAGCGGUUUAAAAACACCUUUUAAAAACAAUGUUCCAGGGGAAGAUUGGUACUUAGGGUUUAUGAAGCGCAAUCCCCAACUUUCAUUAAAAAAACCCGAACAUUUACAAAAGGUUCGGAAGGAUGCAAGGAAUCCCUUUGUAGUUUAUGAUUUUUAUGAUAAACUCCAGAAAGUAAUAGAAGAACAUCAAUUAGCCGAUAAACCACAGUUUGUUUUCAACGCAGACGAAAGUGGCUUUCACCACGAUCCUAGUCGUAUUCGUGCAAUAGGCGUAAAAGGCAAAGCUUUGAGUAGAGUUUCUGGAGGAUCUGGACGCGAAUCCACAACUGUGCUGGCAUGCGUGUCUGCGGAUGGUUCAGUAUUGCCACCAUUGAUAAUUUUCAAAGGUGCUGCUGUACAAGCCAGGUGGACUUCAACAGAUGGGUUUCCUGGAACGUUGUAUGCAACCUCAAAAAAUGGUUGGAUGGAAGAAGCACAAUUUCUCAAUUGGUUUGCAAACGGUUUUAUUCCGUUUGUAAAAGAAAUUCGCUCAAAAGAAUCCACCCUAAAUCAGUCAGCUUUGCUUGUAUAUGAUGGACAUUGUAGUCACAUAAGUGUUAAAAUCAUUGAAAUAGCUCUGCAAAACAAUAUAGUAUUAAUGCGCCUACCAAGCCACCUUACAGACAAAAUGCAACCUUUAGAUAAAUGCGUCUUUGGCCCAAUAAAAACCCAUUGGGAAAAAAAACUGAUUGCCUAUGGUAAGACACAAAUGGGUAAAGGCUGUAUGCGUUUAAGUAAGCAAUUGUUUUCUCAAUUCAUCGGAGAAACUUGGAAAGAAGCCAUGAGCGCAGACAACAUUAUUUCUGGGUUUCUAAGCACUGGUUUGUUUCCUGUUGAUCGAUUUAAGUUUCCUGAAAGUGAAUUUCCGUCAAAGCUUCUCCAAGACUAUCAUAAAAGUUUAAAUGCUUCUGAUAUGGUGUCAGCACAAAGCGAAGCCGUUCUUGAAAUAGAAAGUAAACAAUUCUUAACAUAUUUUAUGUUCAUUUAAUUAAGAUUUGAAAUUUUGUUCCAACACCAUAGGCAGUGAACAAGUUUCCAAUGCAGAAUACAUCUCUCCUUUGGGUUUCUGCCCUAACGACAAUAACAUUGAUUCGACUCACUUUUCCGAUGACGUUUUAGAUGAAAGGCAAAUUCAAUAUCCGCCACCUCUAGAAUUUGAACAGAACAUGGUUACAAACCCUAUUGAACUUGAUGCAUCCCAUAGAGAAGAACAACAAAAUAUACAAGAUACGAUCACCGAUUUAUUUUGUAAAGCAAGUCCUUCAACAUCAAACAUUUUUCUAAGCGAACCGAAAAAGCCAACACCAAGACUGAAACAAAUGACAUACGGGGAAGUUUUGACAACAGAAGAAGUACUUAAACGACUGAGAGACGCCGAAGAAAAAAAACAAACAAAAAAACUUCCUAAGCCUAAGAGAAAAGAAGUUUGCCAAAUC